AUGAGGCAUGCUGGCUCUUGGAAACUCUGGCUCUGGGUGGCAGUGUUCCUGCUUCCUGCUUCCAGUUCCGUGACUGUCAGGGAUAAGCCAGAAAAACAAUGUCCUAUACUGAGAACAGAGGGACAUCAGUUUAUACAAGACAACAGAGAUAAGCUUGAAGUUCCAGGUUUUGACCUAGGAGAAAGCUUUUCUUUGAGACAUGCAUUUUGUGAAGGUGAUAAAACCUGUUUCAAAUUGGGAAGUACACUACUUAUUAGAGAUACCAUUGAGAUAUUUCCCAAAGGCUUUCCUGAGGAGUACGCCAUAGCAGCCAUGUUUCGUGUACGAAGAAACACCAAAAAGGAACGAUGGUUUCUAUGGCAGGUUUUAAACCAGCAGAAUAUGCCACAGGUUUCAAUAGUGGUUGAUGGCGGAAAGAAGGUGGUGGAAUUUAUGUUCCAAGCUGCCGAGGGAGAUGUAUUGAAUUACAUUUUUAAAAAUCGAGAACUCCGUUCUUUGUUUGAUCGUCAGUGGCAUAAACUUGGCAUUGGUAUACAAUCUCAGGGCAUUUCAGUUUAUAUGGAUUGUAAUUUAAUUGCAAGCCGGCAUACUGAUGAAAAGGAAGCUGUGGACUUUCAAGGAAGGACUGUUAUCGCUGCACGAGCUUCAGAUGGCAAGCCUGUGGACAUUGAACUUCACCAACUUAAAAUCUACUGUAACUCAAACUUCAUAGCUCAAGAAACUUGCUGUGAAAUAUCAGAUACUAAGUGCCCAGAGCAGGAUGGCUUUGGAAGUACUGCAUCAUUAUCACUACCCGCUCAUGCCAGCAAAAUGUCUGCAUAUCUGCCAGCAAAGCAGGAACUUAAAGACCAGUGCCAGUGCAUUCCAAACAAGGGAGAAGAAGCAGGAUUACCGGGAGCGCCGGGCUCACCUGGUCAGAAAGGGGAUAAAGGAGAACCGGGUGGAAAUGGUUUACAUGGAGCUCCAAACUUACCUGGCAAAAAGGGAGAACAAGAUUUUAAAGGCAGCAAAGGAGAAAUUGGUGAAAAGGGUGAACAAGGAGAAAAAGGAGAUCCAGGUGUGGCUGGCAUUAAUGGACAAAAUGGUUUGAAAGGUGACUUGGGUUCUCGUGGUCCACCAGGUCCAAAAGGAGAAAAGGGAGAUACGGGACCUCCCGGACCGCCAGCCUUAACUGGUUCCCUGGGGAUUCAAGGGCCCCAAGGUCCACCUGGAAAGGAAGGUCAGAGGGGAAGACGAGGAAAAACAGGUCCUCCAGGAAAACCAGGCCCCCCAGGACCACCUGGACCUCCUGGAACACAAGGAGUACAACAGACUCUUGGUGGAUAUUAUAACAGGGGAAACCUUGGUGAGCAUGGAGCUGGUGGCCCAAAAGGAGAGAAGGGUGAAAGUGGACAACCAGGAUUUCCAGGGUCCCUUGGCCCUAAAGGUCAAAAAGGAGAAUCUGGGGAACCUUUUACGAAAGGUGAAAAGGGAGACAAAGGAGAACCUGGAAUAAUAGGAUCACAAGGAAUAAAGGGUGAACCUGGAGAUCCUGGUCCCCCUGGUUUAAUAGGAAGCCCAGGAAUAAAGGGUCAGCAAGGACCUGCAGGCUCUAUGGGACCCAGAGGACCACCAGGAGAUAUUGGAUUGCCAGGAGAACAUGGUAUCCCAGGAAAACAAGGCAUUAAAGGAGAAAAGGGAGAUCCAGGUGGGAUUAUAGGCCCUCCUGGGCUUCCAGGUCCAAAAGGUGAGGCUGGUCCUCCAGGGAAAAGCCUGCCCGGAGAACCAGGAUCAGAUGGAAAUCCUGGAGCACCCGGACCGCGUGGGCCAAAGGGCGAAAGAGGACUGCCAGGUGUCCAUGGUUCCCCAGGUGACAUAGGCCCACCAGGGGUAGGAAUUCCUGGCCGAACAGGAUCCCAAGGACCAGCUGGAGAGCCAGGUAUUCAGGGUCCUCGAGGUCUCCCUGGAUUGCCAGGAACUCCUGGAACCCCAGGGAAUGAAGGAGCUCCAGGGAAGGAUGGAAAGCCAGGUCUGCCAGGCCCCCCAGGUGACCCGAUUGCACUUCCUCUCUUGGGAGACAUCGGUGCUUUGCUCAAGAACUUUUGUGGCAACUGCCAUGCAAGUGUUCCUGGGCUGAAAAGCAACAAAGGAGAAGAAGGAGGUGCUGGUGAGCCCGGAAAGUAUGAUUCAAUAGCCCGGAAGGGUGACAUGGGGCCACGGGGUCCUCCAGGAAAUCCAGGCAGAGAGGGACCAAAGGGAAGCAAAGGAGAACGGGGCUACCCUGGGAUACCUGGGGAGAAAGGCGACGAGGGUCUUCAAGGAAUCCCAGGCAUUCCAGGUGCUCUAGGCCCAACUGGACCCCCCGGCUUGAUGGGAAGAACUGGACAUCCUGGUCCUGCAGGAACAAAGGGUGACAAGGGCAGUGAAGGACCCCCUGGGAGACCUGGACCACCUGGACCGCCUGGUGUACCAUUCAAUGAAGGAAAUGGAAUGAGCAGUUUAUAUAAAAUCCAGGGAGGUGUGAAUGUGCCCAGUUAUCCAGGUCCCCCCGGACCCCCGGGCCCAAAAGGCGAUCCUGGCCUAGUGGGAGAACCUGGUGCGAUGGGGCUGCCGGGACUAGAAGGAUUUCCAGGUAUAAAGGGAGAUCGAGGCCCAGCAGGUCCCCCAGGAUUAGCCGGCAUAUCAGGGAAACCUGGAGCUCCAGGGCCUCCAGGAGUUCCAGGGGAACCGGGUGAGAGAGGACCUAUUGGAGAUAUAGGUUUCCCUGGGCCAGAGGGACCUUCAGGAAAGCCAGGAAUAAAUGGAAAAGAUGGAUUACCAGGUGCUCAGGGCAUCAUGGGUAAGCCUGGAGACAGAGGCCCCAAAGGAGAACGGGGUGAUCAGGGAAUUCCAGGAGACAGAGGCCCACAAGGUGAACAGGGAAAACCAGGCCUUCCAGGCAUGAAAGGGGCCACAGGUCCUGUGGGACCACCAGGAAACAAGGGCUCUGUUGGGUCCCCUGGGCACCGAGGCCCUCCGGGUAAUCCAGGCAUCCCUGGCACUCCGGCUGAUGUGGUUUCAUUUGAAGAAAUAAAGAAGUAUAUUAAUCAAGAAGUUCUAAGGAUUUUUGAAGAGAGGAUGGCUGUAUUCCUAUCCCAGCUCAAGCUACCAGCAGCGAUGUUGGCUGCUCAAACUCAUGGGAGACCUGGUCCACCAGGAAAGGAUGGGUUACCUGGGCCACCAGGAGACCCCGGACCCCAAGGCUACCGAGGACAGAAGGGAGAAAGAGGAGAACCUGGAAUUGGGCUUCCAGGGAGUCCGGGUCUUCCUGGGACAUCAGCUCCGGGUUUGCCAGGCUCACCAGGUGCCCCAGGUCCCCAGGGUCCCCCAGGACCUAGUGGAAGAUGUAACCCAGAAGAUUGCCUCUAUCCUGUGUCUCAUGCCCGACAGCGGACAGGUGGGAAAUAA